AAAACGAAAGUCAACAAAAUCACACAAUACGGACCAAUAAUAAAUGUAAAAAAGAAAAACAGCUGGGAGUACAAGCCUAACAAAAAUUGUGUAAUACCAUAUCAAUCAAUUAAACGAUUCCAUAACUGCUCCUAAUUUCAUUUACUGAACUGUAAAAACAAAAAUGUGUCUAGGAAGCAAAAUAAAACGAGUGAAACCUAACGAGUAAAUUAAAUUAAAAACGUUCGUAUCCUUAUCACAUUGUUCUUUUAUAAAAUUAUAAUUUCAAAACAUUAACAUUAAAAUAAUAAAUUUAAAAACACACGCAUUAGGUCCCUUCUAGAUUAUUCAACCCCAACAAAAAUCAUAAAAAAAAACAAAUAAGAAUAAGAAGUAAACAUCAAAAGUAUGUAAACAAAAAUAAAUAAAAGUCUGUUAAGUCAGCUCAAAAUCAAUAAACCAAACAUAUAAUGGGUAUCGGAAACACACAAUGAUAAACCCAAAAAUAAUACUACAAUUGCUCAAUUCAAAAUUCUAAAAAUCCACUAGUGCUCUUAAUAGCUUCAAAAGCAAGUGAAAAGAUAAAGCAAAGAGUGUUAACAGAAACGAAAUAAAGAAACCCCGAAAGGAAAGUCCAGAAAAGUGCCUGAAACCAAAUGUGUUUUCCCUGAAGUUAAAUCCCUUCGAUCCCUCAACUCGGCUUUAAUUCCCGUAAAGCCCUUCUUUCACCUGUUCCCACCUUCAAUCAACACAAUAAUUCCCUGACAAAAACAAGCACAUGAGUUGGAUUAAUAGGAGUCAACUGGAAUAGGCCGAAGCACCCCGGAGCACAGCUGCAAAUAUUAUGGAAAAGGCGAAGGCGUAUAUCAAGAAUGAACUUCGCGGUGGCAGCCAGCAAUCCGAGCCAGCGACCACGCCCACUCCGACCUCGCCUGCGUCGGCGGGCAAGCAGCCUUAUCCGCCCGUGGAGCUGAUGCCCUCGCCGGGAGCAGCGGUCCACCGGAGCAGCAGGACGCCCAACGAGCAGUACCAUCCGGGUUACCAUCCUCCUCCCUCUCAUCAUUACUAUUCCGGGGUCAAGUCAACCGGAAGAGCUUCAGCUCCACCCGAUCAUCAUCAUGUUCCCCUCACCAUUUGUUUUGUGUGCGGUGGUCAUGGUGGCUAUGAACCGCAACCCCUGAGGAUUCGCCACAAUGCCGAACGUCCUGCGGAAUCCUAUUUUCCCUUCCUGGAGCGCCAUGAACCACCGAAUGGAGUGGCGGGUGUGGCACCUGGCCAGGAUUACGUGUGGGCCUGCAUGCUCUGCUUUCGAUCGCUGAACGAACAGUGGGAUUCCUACGAGCGCCAAAAGAAACCUCUGCUGCAGAGGAUUUACCACAUGAAACGGGUGGAUGGAAAGGGUUACAUUGGAGCAGAUGUGGCCACACAAAGCGAGUAUGCCGCUCAGGUUUUGGGCCUCAGUGCCGAGCACCUCACCCAGAAUGGCUUGGCGGAGGGACAUGGAGAUCCAUACGCUUUAUCCAGACACUAUUCACCUCAGCAACAGUCGAUGCAGCAGCACCACCAGCUGCACCACCAGCAGCAGCACCACCAGCAUAAUACCUCAAGGAAUGCCUCACCCUCGCCAAAUCCCAGUGCUACCGGUGGUGGUGGUGGUGGUGUGGGUGAUUAUUAUCCCAGGAACUCAGGAACGCCGUCGAGCCACCACAACAAUAGAUACCUGAGCAGGCCGCAAUCGCGGGAUAUUUUGCCCGUGGCCUCGCCCACUUCAAGACCGCCCAGCGAACCGCCCGCCAUGAAAUCGGUUAGUUAUGCUCAGCAAAAGUUUAAGUUAAGCUCAGCGGGAGCAGGAGGAGCAGCAGGAGCACCACCCCCACCACCACCUGCUGGUUACCAAGGACAGGCGCCAUAUCAUCCCGCUCAGUAUCAGCAGUUGCAGCAGCAAACGGCUGCUUAUCAUCUGCUGCAGCAGGUGAAUGCCACAGAAUCCUCCCACUACAAGGGAAAUCCCUACAGUGCAUUGCCAUCACCUGGUGGUGGACCACUGGGACCACCUGCACCGUCCAAUCUGGAAGACGAUAAUGCCACCGUGCUGGAUUUAAGGAACUCCUCCAGUUCGUCCAGUGCUAACCAACCUUUAAGUCGCCAGAUUGCCAAUAACUCUUCGGUGACUUCAAGCAGUCAACCGCCAUCGGAAGUGGGAAUCCUGGAUCUCUCCAUGCCCGACAAGAAUUCCAUUACCGAGGUGUGUUACGUAUGUGGGGACGAGCAGCGACGGGGCAGCCUCAUCGAGCUGAGUACGGUGAAGCCUCGGGAGAGCGGACGUCUGGGUCAACCUGUGGCGUACUUUCCGCUCUUCAACGAACAGCAUCCGCGACCAGCUCGCUCCCGUCCAAAGGAUCCACGUGGCAUGAUUCAGGCUUGCCUGCCUUGUUACGAGGACCUCAUGCAACAAUGGAACGCGCACCAGGCAACGCAUAAACCGGAAUCGGAGCGAUCCUAUCAGCUGCGAAAACGCUCGACGCCCGUGGCCGAAAGAACCACUUUCGUUUGCUACACUUGUGGCACAGACACGCCCUCCUCCCAGUUGCGCCUCGUCUACUGCUGUCCAAAUGCCGAAAGGGAACCCUAUUAUCCAUUCAUCAAGACCAUGAAAGUCUACAAGAACGCUAGUCCAAUUAGCCCGCAAGGCAUGGUUCAGGUCUGUUCCGCGUGCAAUGAGAAGCACUCCGGGUUGGCGGAAGGUGCUCCACCUCCCGCUGCUUCCAGCACCCAUUCGGUGGUGGGUGGAGCCUCUCCCAGUGCUGGACACUCGCUGGAAUCGAACUCGGCGAUGUACAGUGCCAGCGGAGCGAUAGCCGGAAAUAGUGGACCCCAAUUCGGCGGGGGUCGUAACUCACCAUCGGAGAAGUCCCUGGCCAAUUCGGACUCCACGAGUAAUGUGCGGUUCAGGCCCUACGAGACGAACUCAAACAAUUCCAACUCAAACACGGCACGCGACCUCAAACAGAUUCGUCGCAGCGAUUCGCGUCCCAAUUCGCCGAGUUCCAGCCAAGGAGCCAUCGAAAAUGGACACGGACAGUAUCCUUGCUCCAUUUGCAAAGUGCUCUGCCCGUCGAACAAAAUGGAUUGGCUUUCCACGAGUGCCGAGCACAUGAAUUCGCAUGCCAUGCACUUUCCCUGUCUCAAGGCCAAUGCCGUAACCAGCAAUAAUAAUAAUAACAAUAAUAGUACGAAUAACAACAACAAUAAUAACAACAACAACGAGCUGAAUAGCAAUCGCGUGCUGGCCUGCAAGGACUGCAAGGAUUACUUGGCCAGCCAAUGGGAGUCCAUGGAUGCGGAAAGGGUUCCCCUCGAGCACAGAAGAUACAACAUUCCCUCGCCAAUGCUGACCUCCAGCUCCCCGAACGGAUCUCGGCACGGCGCCAUGAGCAUCAACACGCCGCCCUCCACGCCAUCCAUUUCAUCAUCGACGCCCGCCAGCACAUCCAUCUACUGCUAUCUCUGCGGUCUGCACUCGGACCUAACCCUAGCCAGAGUUCUCUACGCCAGCAAAGAGGGUUCGAGGCCUUAUUUCCCGCUGCUGUUGAAACACAAUUCACUUCCAAAUGCUGAGCAGUUGAGAAACAACUCGGCCUUGGUCUGUACAUUUUGUUACCAUUCCAUGUUGAAUCAGUGGCGCAAGUAUGAGGCGCAGAGUCCCAGUGUGAAUCCAGCGGAUCGUAAAUACAAUUGGCACGAUUACAACUGUCACCUGUGCGGCAUUACGACUUACCGGAAAAGAGUGAGGGCAUUGCCCGUCAACGAGUUUCCGUUUGUGAAACACCAGAAGAGCGAUGAUGGCUUGCUGCUGGAGAACGGAGAGUACGCGGUCGUCUGUUUGGAUUGCUACGAGAGCUUGAGACAACAAGCUUCGCAGCACGAUCGCUUCGGGGUGCCCAUUUCCAGGCGGGCCUACAACUGGGUGCCACAACCUCCUCCGCCGGAGGACAGUCCCGAGUCCGCAGUGGCCCGUCUGCCCUGCGGCGAACGCUCCGAUCGCAUUCACAUCAGCAGUGCGUUGAGGCCCGUGCCAGGAAAGAAGACGACAUCGCCCAAGCAGUACGACAAGUCAAAAGAAGUACCGCCAAAAGCUGGACAGAAGCGACCGGCCACGAGUCCCGCUCCGCACAUCCCGGUGCCGCACCACCUGCAGACGCCACCUGGCGGCGGCGGUGGCGGCUUGCCGGGCUCCUCGGUGGCCAACAGCCCGGUGCCCACGUCCGCCGGCGGCAACGCCCUGAUGAACCACGCCCUGCCCAGCAACCACAUCGGCACUCCGUCGCCGUCGCAACACCAGCAGCACCAGCAGCACCAACAGCAGCAGCAGCAGCAGCAUCAGGCGCAACAGCAGGCGGUGGCUGCUGCAGUGCAGCAGCAACUGGCGGCCGGAGUGGGUCUGCCACCGGGAGCAAUUGGCGCCGCAUCGGCCAGUAGUCGGGGAUCCUUUGCAGCGGCGCUGCGAACGCUGGCCAAGCAGGCGGACAACAAGGAGGAGGAAGUGGCUGGCGAUAGGAGUGGUGUGCCCACCUCGGGAGCAGGAGGACCACCCCCGCCGUCGUCGUCAUCGAAUCAGGGAGGUCUCAAUUCGGUGGCAAAUCGUGUGGGCUCGGAGCGACCUGGCGAGGAUCGGGUGUCGAGCAACAAGAAGCGUUCGCCGCCGUCGCCACAGCCGCCGGAGAAGAUCGCCCGACUGAGUCACACGCCGCAAACGGCGUCGCUGCAACCGGAAUUGCUGGCCCGCAGUGGAUUCCAACCAUACAGAUCGGAUGAGCGACUGAUGCAUCCGGCGGGCGCCUUUCCCCUGGAGGCGUACUCGCAUUUCGCGGGAUUGCCAGGGAUUCCACCAGCAGCCUUUCUGAAUCCCGCUGGUUUGCCGUAUACGGAGCAGCUGUACCUGGAGCAUCGCUACCAACUGUUCCGCGCCGCCGGCGCUCAUCCCUCGCAUCCGCAUGCGGCCGCCUUGUAUCCGCAGAUGGCCUCGCCCUACUCCCACCUGUACUCGAUGAUGCCCGGAGCAGCGUUGGGCAUUUCCCCAGCGAUGCACGAUCGGAUGAAGCUGGAGGAGGAGCACAGGGCGCGACUGGCGAGGGAGGAGGAGCGGGAAAGGGAGAUGCAACGGGAGAAGGAGCGGGAGUUGCGGGAGCAAAGGGAGAAGGAGCAGCGGGAGAAGGAGCAGCGCGAGAAGGAGCAGCGCGAACGGGAGCAGCGGGAAAAGGAGCAGCGGGAGAAGGAGGCGAGGGAGCGGAAGCUGAGGGACGAGGAACGCGAGCGGGAACGGGAACGCCAGCUGCUGAAUGCCUCGCACCACUACUCCAACCAGCUGUACUCCCCACUCAAUCGCAAUCUGCUGGGCUCCAUGAUCCCGCAUCUGAACAUGAGCUUGCGUGGACCUCCGGGAGCACUGCAUGGUCUUCCCGGAAUGUCGCACUAUCAUGCAGCGGCGGCAAAUGCCCAACGGCAGAGUCCCCAUGGAGCAAUGGGUCUCAAUCUUGGAAUGGCUGGACUGCCGGGAGUGGGUGUGCCUCCCCUUGGCGGUCAUGGUCCCAAUUUGCAGCACCAUCUGCAGCAGGCGGCCAUGGGAUUGGCCCAUCCCGGGGCAGCUGGACUCACGCAUCCUGGUUUCUCGGCGGCUGCCCUCGGAUUGAGUGCCCAUCCGCACAGUCUGAACCUGAGUCACCCGCACAUGUCGCCGCAUCAUCCCGCCUCGCUGGCCCACCAAUUGCCACCGCACACUUCUUCGGCGGGAGGAGGUGGCUUGAGCAACUCCAUUCCCGUGACAGCAAGCUCCAGUUUAUCGGCGUCUUCACCGCACAGCAGUUUGAACCUCACGGCAGCUGUGAAACUGAGUGCAGAUCAGGUGCCCACCUCGACGCCCAGUGGAGGAGUCUCUGGAAGUGGAUUGCCUCCUACAACCUCCAGUUCGCACAUUCCCAACAUGGGUCACUACUACCACCACGGACACCUGGCUGCCAUGCAUGCAGCUGCGGCGGCAGCGAGUGGAAUGACGCCAACGGCUGCCCACCAACAGCAGCCUCUUUCGCUGCCCAGUUCGCCCAAGAUCACGCCUCCAAUCACACCAUCUUCCUCUGCCAAUGGCGGCAGAGCAGGCGGUAGCCCCCAUGCCAUGAGGCACCACAUUGCCGCAGCUGUGGCGGCAGCGGCUCAGCAAUCAGCGCUGAUCGACAAGGCAGCCACGCCGGUGAACCACGAACCGACCACCUUGGAUCUGACUGGAUCGAACUCGAACUCCAGCAACCAGGCGCCAUCGAAUGCCAGCAGUGGCCAGCCGGCCAAUCACGAGAUAAACGGAGCCGAAUCCAAUGGAGCAUCGCAGGGAGAGAGCAAGGAGCAGGUGGCGGCGAUCAAAGAGGAUCCCCUGAAGAGUUCUCCGCCACCAGUGGCGCUGGAAAAGAAGCCAGCCACCCCGAAUGCGGCUGUGGAUAAGCCCAUUCAUCCGGACAGCUCGCCGGAGAACAUUUCGCGUCGCAGUGCGAGUCCACCAACGGAGACGAACAACUCGAUGCCAGCGGUUGUGGGAACGGCAGUAGCAUCAGAUGACAGCAAACCGCAGUUGGGCGGACUGGGUCGCAGCAACAGCGCGGAGGAGGCAACAGCCUUAUGACACCAACUCUUCAGCAAUUCCAACAACUAACUAAUGAAAAACUACAGCGACAUUGGGAUGUACUUGCUGUCGGAGCGAGCUCUUCACCAGCAGCGGAAACGGAUGCUCGACGAGUUCCUGAAGCUCUAGGAGGAGGGUCCUGGACAAUCGGGAAUUGAUGGCCAAAGGACGACAGCACCUAGCCACAAUAUAAAAUACCAUGUAAAUUCCAUAACAGAUAUCAGAUAUUUGUUUGUUCUCGAUGUUACAAUCUAACGUUUACCCAACCAGUUGAAUACAAUUCUAACGCAAUUAGACAUUUUGAAUUGGUGUAAAAAUCUUAUCUACAUAAAAUGUAAAUUAUUGUGACAUAUUCCAAGUAAAAUAGUUACUCUCGAAAGAAGGGCUAUUCGUAAGAUUUUAGGUACGUACUUGCAUAGAACUCUGGAUGUAGUUUUCGUGUGGAAAUGUUCAUGGCCCGAGAAAAAGUAAUGCUAGGUGUAAAGUUAGACUAAACAUUCUGAUAAGAAAUUUAUAUAUACACAACAGAAACGGAAAUUAUACAAAAAACAUACUGGGUAGCUAUAUUUUAUUCUUAAAUUGCUAAUAAUUGUGAUUUGGAGAGUACGAACAAACACGGAAAACGUAUGAACAUGUAACUCGAAUACAAAGUGGGGGAAAACGGAACUGAAAUUUAGAUAACAAAUCAAAUCAAAAACCUAGAGAGAUAUUCUGGAGUGGAUCAGUAGAGAACAGCGAAGGAAUGAAAUUAUUUUUCGAAAUUAAUCAACUUUUGUACGCCUCCCUUUGGCCCUUUUGCGAUAUGUUUUUAUGAUUUCGAAUAUUUUACACGAAAAACCCAAAGUGCAGAAAUCGGGAAAAGCAAUCUUCAGAAAACACAUAACCAAACACAAGCUAGCAAAUGGUGGUACUACUAACAAACGUACUUUUCCACACUACAAUUGAUGUUUAUAGUAAGUAGUCAAUACCCUAAAACCAACAAACUCUCAAAGAUAUAGAUCUAGUUUCCAUUCCCGUUUCCAGUCUUUGCCCUUCUAUCUUGCCUCCCAGUUUUCCUUUGUGUUUGAGAUUGCCUAACUUUUGACGAUAUGUGAAGUAACAAUUUAUAUAUAUUUUAAUGCAUAAAUCUCGAGCAAUCUGUGAUAUUAUAAAAAAAAAAAUUAAAAACCAAACCGAAACUCAAAAAUCAUUGCGUAUGAGCCUCAAGCUAUGGCCAUUUGAGACCCUACACUAUAGAUUCAACUUGUUUUCGAAGCAGGAUAGCUCAGAAUAUUGAGGUGUCCUCAAGGCUUCGACGAUUCCGUACAAAUUCCGCCAUAUGCAAGUCGACUUUUCCUUUUGACAAAAACUAUGUGUAUGUACCAGUAAAACUGAAAAUGAAUAUAUUUUAAUAACUAAUCGUAAUAGAUUCUUGAAAGACACACAGAUAACUGAAAUCGAUUGGCGCGCAUCUAGUAACGUAACCACAAAUGCCGUGCGAUAGCUAAUCAACUACUGCAAAAUAGUUUCAAAUACAACCUUAACAAAAGAAACCAAAUCGAUCGUAAAUUAAAUGUACUGUAACUCCCCCUCAAUCUUCGUUGUGUGUGUAUACAGAAUACAAAGUGUAAAACAUUAAACUGUAAGCUAACCGAAACGCAAUCGAAUCCGAAAACCAAUUACAAAAGUACACAGAUACAACAGCUACCGAAAACCAAUAGCAAUAGACAUAUGGAGAAGCACUUAGGUCUGUCUGAAAAUGAAUUGAAAAUACCACUUAAAAUUUAUAUGGCUUAAAAAGUUUCGAAUUCAGGAGACAGACGAGUGCUUCUUUCUCAGAUCUUCACACGACCACAGCAUAUAGUUGGGUAUAUAUCAAAUCACUUGAGCCAACAAUUCGCGCAGCAAAUUAAAUAUGUACGAAUGUUCAACCAUGUGGCAAACGAUAUGCGAAACAAACAUUUAAAC